GGGCAGCAGGCGAACCGCUCGGCUCUAGAUAUAUACCCCGAUCCCGAUUGAACCCCAGCCUCGUACACUGCACCACCAGCUCUCUCGAUGUACUACCCAACGCCGCCUACCCAACCCCCCAGCAGAGCCUCCCUUCGCGAAUUCUGUGUUCUGUACAGUGUUCGCUUACUCCAAGUUGUAGCGGCAGCGGCUGCGGCGCCAGCGACGAUUAUAGUAGCAGUCUCAAAUCGACCGACCAGUAGUAUAGCACUCGGCGAGAGCUGCCAUCUGCCUACUUCUUUCGAGCCCGACGAAGCAAUUUGGUGUCCCUCGUACGCGACGACUCGCUAUUACGCCGCGGUCGGAACCCGUUUUGCCAGCAUUCGCUGUAUUGCCGCUUCAGGAAGAACUCUGUUGUUAAACUUCUGUUAGCUAGAUCAAUUCGGGCAAACGGUGUGAUUUCUGGCUGGCACUGUCCACGGCGACAGCUGCUCCGGAAUCGCGCGUUCGAGGAACGAUAGCAAAGACGAUUCCUGCUGAAGUCGCGACUGCCGCCAGAGGAUCACCAUGAGCUCGGACGAGAAGAAGUCAUGAGCGAUCCCGACUUCGACAGUGAACGCAAUAAGAUCGGGCGUUGUUGCACGGCCCGGUGGUGCAAAGUUCGAUACAAUACCAAUGGACUUACGUCCUUCUUUAGGUUUCCCACCGACCCACAACGCUGUCGCCGCUGGAUCGACUACGUGAACCGUCCAGAGUUGGCUUACAACUCGCCUGAACAUCUGCACAACAACUAUCGACUUUGCGCUAUGCACUUCCGCGAGGAUGACUUCGUCUCAUUGGGCAAUCACGCGCGACUCAAGAGGCACGUCGUGCCAUCAGUCCCACCACCUGCCGACUGGAAGCACGCAAAUGACAUCGAGGACACCGAUGAUUCUAAGCCACAGCCCAAAGGCUUUGAACGCGGACUUGAACCGGAGAAAAUCUUAGGCGUGACUAAUUCAUCAGGGGAACUCAUGUUUCUCAUUCAGUGGAAAGGCGCAGAGGAAGCAGACUUCGUACGAGCUGCCGAGUGCAACCUCCGGUACCCCCAGAUGGUCAUCGGCUUUUACGAACGCAAACUUGUAAUGGAGUACUAGACGGAGAUUAACACCAGCCGUUGGCGCGACCAUAACGCGAAAUCGUGUACCGGAACCUAACUCAUCAAAUGGGUGUACAAGCCUAUAAUUACUAUUACCACAACUACUACUAUUCCUAAUCAAUAUGCUAAUAAUACCCGUAGUCAUCUAUCCAAUUGCGCUAUGUUUGUACGCGUGGAACGACACAACAAGGGAGCGCAUUGUUAGUGAUGACGUUUCAGUGUUCUGUGAUUGUUUUAAGCAGGGUCGACAUGGCAGCAGGUUUGGCUGCGCCGACUUAUACGCUCUGUAAAUCAACGAGGAUUUAUGUCGAAGCGAUGGAUGUCCCACGUUGCAACAAUUGUGAGGAAACUGCGACAUCGUUAUAAGGAAAUGAUAUCACUCAGCUCAUAUCGAAACGGCUAGUCUCUCGAAUACGAUCAAGCACCAGUUGCUGUAUUAAGCAUCGGACCCUUAGUACAAAUUCGGGUGACUAUCCGCAGGCAUUUGUAUAGUACAUAUAUUUCUAAAAUCAACAUUGUGUGAGUAAAGUCUGUAUGUCCAUGUAUCACCAUUAAUUAGAGCCUUUUUAUUUAGAAACGUCUGCUGUAAUGUUCCUAGGAUUCUAAGCAUGCUACAUAAUGCUCUAGAAGUUACAUCGGUUUUCCCUAGGUACUUUCUCGAAGAUGGGCACAUUGUUAUAACCUUAGCCCAUUCUAGCACAUCCACUGUGACUGCAGUAUGUUCAUAAAAUGCUGACUGAGUUACGUAGUACAUUACGUAUGCAAAUAAUAUUCCUUGCGCGUGUCGCCACAUUUAGCCAUACUAUAGAACUGCCUAUAUUUUCCAACUUCUAGCCGUACUAUCAUUAUUAAAUGUGUGCUGUUUUACAGGCGCUAGUAACUGGCUGACCUCUAAUUUUCAGUUUUGUGAUGGUAUAUCACUAUGAAGUAAACUUAACGAGACCAUAUAUUUGUAGAAGAUACAAAGAACACUGAAAGAACUGGUGAUUAUUGUACAAACUAAAUAUUGUUUCUUCAAUAAUCAAGCAGUCAAUUGUUAAGAGUCUUAAAUUAUUUUUAAUCAGGAAUUCUCCCUUGAUUUUGCAUUUGAAUAUCGUAAUACUAUCUUACAAAGACACCACUUAAUAAAUGCAGAAUACGUUAGCAAACGUAAAUAUAGAUAAAUGAAUCAGUCACGUAAUGUUCAAGCUUAAACCUACACAUCUAUUGACACACUUCCCGUUGAACAUUUUCAUGCUUUACGACAUCAUCCAUUUGUGUGCGAUAACGAUUAGUACAAACGAAUUCGAUGCUUUUUAUAUAGUUGUUACUGGUAUGGCUGAAACAUUAUGCUCAAAGUCCAACAUCAAAAAUUUAUUGGAAUGAAGAACCUGACACAGUGCUAAGCGUUGGAAGCGAUAAAUUCAGUUUCAAAUUUAAAGAGUUAUUUUCUAUACAAGUCGUAUAAAAUGUAGCGCUGAUCUAAUAAAAAUCGUUGUAGUUAUCUUAAAAUUUUCGCAUAUGCUUUUAGGAGAUGAUAUCAGUGCGUCUCCACUCAGUAGCAGUGGUUCCUUCUAUUUCAGAAUAUCAGCUAUUCUUGAUUUCAUGGAAUGUGUGCUUAGCAGCACUGGCACAUGAUAAGAAACAAACAUUUAUUGGAGACCUUUCUAAUAAAAAAAAUCUGCAUAGGGAAAAACACUUAAAUAAGAUAUCAGUGAAACAGCUGCUAUACGCAUCAUAACAGAUCUGUAAUUUCUCAUAAAAAGGAUGCAUCAAAGAACAAUGACUAUCUUAGGUUCGUACGAAUUGUGCAGUAUGAGUUGUGUACAAACUUUGAUGUUUCGUAAAAACUAUAGUACUUUAUUUCACUGUUCAUUAAAGCUAGAUAUAAUGUGUAUAAUACUGUUAACGACAAAAAUUAAAAAAUAAAAUUAACAUUUAUAUAAUGGCAUAUACAUAAAAAAAUGGCUUUUUUAACUUUUUUUUAACGUUUUAAACGUUUUUUAACUUUACCAUACGACACAGAACUUCGCCUUAUUUAAUAGAUAGUAAACUGUAAAUAUAACAGCAAAUUAUUAAUUACUAAUAAAUUAUAUUAUCCGUAAUGAAAUAUUCUAACGCUACAAGAAACAUCAUCCGAUAGCUGUGACGCCGCUGUGAGUACACUUUUUCGAGAUGGUGUGUCUAAACCUAGGGUAAAUACAGCUUAUAUGCUAGCCUGUGGCAUCGAGUCACAUGGUAGCGCAGCCAUUUAACUGCAGACAUUUGAUUACUAGGUCGAAGUCGGUUAUCAUAUCGACACUAUUGUCAAAGGUCAAAAUAGAAGUGCUGUCUGUGCAGUGCGAUACCUGAGAUUAUCGCGCGUCGUUAUAUUGUUUUUAAAACCAAGAAGUACGACGCACGUCCAGUUGA